GUUAUAAUGGCGAGUCCUUUCAUCUCCAAACUAAAUGAUUCUUCCAAAUACGACUUCGUUAAGGUGAAGGUAUGGCUAGGUGAUAAUGACGAUCAUUACUAUGUUCUCUCCAGAUUUUUGCUCAGCAGAAUGUUAACUGUCACUAAGGUUCACUUGUAGUUCCUUUUUUUUUUUUCUUUUAAUUUCUUUUCCAUGUAAAUUAGUUAUCUUUUGCUUUUUGAAUUACUUAAAUUUCUACGUUUGUUAUACUCUGACAGAGUUUAUUGAAUCAUGUUUUGCAAUGAUACUUCUUCUAAGGGAAGUAGUCCGUCAUUCGGUUACAUGCGUUCCCCCUUUUUUUUUUUUUUUUUUUUUUUUUAAAUAAAAAAAAUAAUAAUAGUCUUUCUUUCUAUCUAUGUACGACUUUUCGAGAUGAUAACUUGAAGAAUUACGAUUCGAUGGUGAAAGGUUUCCACUAUACUAGGAUUCAUCCUUUUCCUGAAGCCACACGUGGUUCGGCGGAUGUUCGUUAGUGUAACUGGUUUGUCUUAGAAAUAUACAUGCAAAUAUAUUUCCACCACGACGUGCAUUUCGUGUCAUUACUCGUCGACGUGCUUCUAUUCCUUCUUACAGCUGUGGUUAUGGAAGAAAGAACAAGAAGAGGAUAUUAACUACCAAUUUUAAUACGAGAUAACCCAUGUUGUUUAUAUCGAUCUAUUAUGCGCCUCUACAUCAACCAUCAGAUACCAAAUCAUGUGGCGGUUAAGAUUGCCCUUGAUCUUAAAAAGCUUCUUGUUGAUAACAGCCUUCUUGAUGUCUCACAAGCAGAUUUAGAGGCAAACUUGUUUAAGCUUAUGAAGCGGAGAGGUUUCGGAGAAGAGUAUAUAAAACGUUAUAAAAUGAUGACAAGAUUUCACUACCAGAGAGUUGCUCUUGUAAUUCUUGUUUGUGGUACUGCCUGUGUUGGGAAGUCUACUAUCGCUACCCAACUUGCACAACGGCUGAACUUGCCAAAUGUCUUGCAGACAGAAAUGGUGCAUGAAUUGCUGCGCACAUCAACAGAUGCACCUUUGGCGUUAUCUCCAGUAUGGGCACGUGAUUUCAGCUCAUCUGAGGAGCUGAUAACUGAAUUUUGCAGAGAAUGCAGAAUAAUAUGGAAAGGUUUGGCUGGCGAUUUGAGAAAAGCAACGAAAGAUGGUAAACCGAUUAUAAUUGAGGGAAUGCAUUUAGAUCCUAGAAUAUUCCUGAUGGAAGAAAAGCAUAAGUUACUACCACUGCCUACUGCAGCCCGCAAAGAACCAUACAUUUCGAAUGUCAAAGACAACGAGGAAAUACAAAAGGAAAGCAUUCCCAUUAUUGGACUUGGCAGUCAGAGUGAUGAUAUAGAUCGCUAUCCUGAGAAUGUUAGUUCAGAAGGAGCAUCUUCUAAGUUAGAUAAGCUAACAGAUUCUCUGAAGUCCAUGGAUAUUGUCGAAAAAACUUCUGAAAACGCAGAACUGGAGCAUCCUAACAAAUCUUCUGACCAUGCUGGUGAAAUAGUUAUAGAUUCAGGAGCAGACCAAAAUCCUGCUCACGGAAAACAAACUUCGGGUGAUAAACCAAUAUUUGUUCCUAUAGUUCUAAGGAUGGCUGACUUUGACCAUAAGGCAUUCCUGGAGGAGUGGGUAGCUACUCGUACAUUCAGGGAGAAGCAUCCUACCCAGGAUAAAGAUAAAGUGAUAACUACCUUGAUGACUAUUCAGGACUACCUGUGUUCCUUUACAUCACAGGGUUUGACUGUUGUUGACGUAUCAGCUGAAACAUUUCCACAGACACUAGAUUGGCUGCAUAAUUAUCUUCUUCAGUGUCUUGAGCAAGGUUUCUAGGGGAAAUCCAAGCAAAAUGCCAGAGAGUUGAUGAAUAAGGUUUUGGGAAGAGAUAGAGUACGAGGAUCGAGCAACCUACCUCCGAACUGAAAGUGUCAAGCCUACAUGUGUUGUCCCAUGGAGGCUAGUUCUUACUUUAAUAUUUAGUGUAAAGUAUUUGUAAGAGAAGUUUAAGAGUUUGCUCCGUGAACCCUGUGGGUGUUGUAUGUUAUGUCUCUUAAGAGAUUACAUGUAUAUGUUGAUGCUUUCAAACUAUA